ACCUAAUACAUUUCGGCCCCUAAGGUCGGCUCAACAACCCACCCCAUCCCAUGACAACUUCACACCUCUCAGCAUAUCAAGCCGAUAUCACAACUCCCACCCCCAAGAUUCAACUCCAAAGCACCCUUACUCGCAAAAACAAAGCCACCACAAUGCCCUUCCCCUCUAAAACAGCCCUCAUCACAGGCGCAACAUCCGGCAUAGGCCUCGCCCUCGCCGAGCGCCUAAUCGCAAACGGCACCUUUGUCAUCGCCGUAGGCCGCCGCAAAGAUCGCCUCGAGGCCCUCGUCUCCGCCCACGGCGCCGAUAAAGUCGCCGCCGAGCCGUUUGAUAUCGCUGACCUCGAGGCCCUGCCGGCGUGGGUCGAGAAAAUAACAUCAACCCACCCAACCCUAGACACAAUACUCCUCAACGCAGGCAUUCAGCGCAGCAUAGACUUCACCUCGCCCUCCAGCAUCUCCCUUCCGGCCGUCUCAGGAGAGCUCACAACAAACUACCUCGCCCCAAUCCACCUCAUCACGCACUUCCUCCCACACCUCCAAUCUCUCAACACCAGCACCAACACCACCGGCACCACCACCAAAACAACACCAACAACGGCGUCCAUAAUCCUCAUCUCCUCAGGCCUAGCCCUUGUCCCAAUCCCCCGCUGCCCAAACUACUGCGCCACAAAAUCCGCCCUCCACUGCCUCGCCUGGUCCCUCCGCGCCCAGCUGCAGUCGAGCCCGUCCUCCUCCCACAUCCGCGUCGUCGAGGUCGUCCCGCCCGCCGUGCAAACGGAGCUGCACUCCCAGCAGCCGGACCUCGUCGCGGCAGGCCAGGCCAACUUUGGCAUGCCUCUGGACAAGUUCACCGAUGAGACCUGGGACGCGCUCGAAAAGGGGGAAGAGGAUGAGAUCAUUGUCGGGCCGGCCAAGAAUGUUGCGCAUGUCGAGACGGAUAGGAGAAAGAUGUUUGACAAGAUGGCGGAAUCAUUCAAGGCGGGCAACAAGGCGUAGAGAGUAGAUAGUAAAAACAAAAACCCAUUUGAUCAUGAAUCACCCGGCAAGUCAAACAGUUCGGAGAUUGUUGGGCAUCAAUCUGUAUUGU